UCAAAGAUUGCACCCAGCCAUCCCCCUCCGGGCAUAAAGGGGAGCGGGUCACAGAGAGGCGGUGCAGAAGCGGGUCGGUCUGUGCUUCCCGCUCCUCGCCAUACACACCGGGAGGAUGAGGUCCGCCGUGGGCGCCCUGCUGGCCUGUGCUGCCCUGGGACUAUGUCUGGCUGUCCCCGACAAGACCGUAAAAUGGUGUGCAGUGUCAGAGCAUGAACACACCAAGUGUGUCAGUUUCCGUGACCACAUGAAACCCUUCCUUCCAGCUGAUGGUCCCCAGCUUGCUUGUGUGAAGAAAACCUCCUAUGCUGAUUGCAUCAAGGCCAUUUCAGGAAGUGAAGCAGAUGCUAUUACCUUGGAUGCCGGGUGGGUGUAUGAGGCAGGCCUGACUCCCAACAACCUGAAGCCUGUUGCAGCAGAGAUCUACGGAACACCUGAAAAGCCACAAACCUCCUACUUGGCUGUGGCCGUGGUGAAGAAGGGCUCAGGCUUCAACAUGAACGAGCUCCAAGGCAAGAAGUCCUGCCACACUGGCCUGGGCAGGUCUGCAGGGUGGAACAUCCCCAUCGGCUCACUUUUCUGUCAGUUUCCGGAGCCUCGCCAACCCAUUGAGAAGGCUGUGGCCAGUUUCUUCUCCGGCAGCUGUGUCCCCUGCGCAGAUCCGGUGGCCUUUCCCCAGUUGUGUCAACUGUGUCCCGGCUGUGGCUGCUCCUCUCUUCAACCAUUCUUUGGCUACACAGGCGCCUUCAAGUGUCUGAAAGAUGGAGGUGGGGAUGUGGCCUUUGUCAAGCAUACAACCAUAUUUGAGGUCCUGUCACAGAAGGCUGAUAGGGAUCAGUAUGAGCUGCUCUGUCCUGACAAUACCCGAAAGCCAGUGGAUCAGUUUGAGCAGUGCUACCUGGCCCGGAUCCCUUCUCACGCAGUUGUGGCUCGGACUGUGGAUGGCAAGGAGGACUUGAUCUGGGAGAUUCUCAAAGUGGCCCAGGAACAUUUUGGCAAAGGCAAAUCAAAAGACUUCCAACUGUUCGACUCUCCUAUUGAGAAAGACCUGCUGUUUAAGAACUCUGCCAUCGGGCUGUUAAGGGUCCCCCCAAGAAUGGACUACAGGCUAUACCUCGGCCAUAACUAUGUCACUGCCAUUCGGAACCUCCGGGAAGGAAAGUGCCCAGAAGCCCCCAGCAGCAACGCGGCAGUGAAGUGGUGUGCUCUGAGUCACUUCGAGAGACUCAAGUGUGAUGAAUGGAGCGUUAACAGCGGAGGGCAGAUAGAGUGUGAAUCAGCAGAGACCACCGAGGACUGCAUUGACAAGAUUGUGAACGGAGAGGCUGAUGCCAUGAGCUUGGAUGGAGGAUACGCCUACAUAGCAGGCCAGUGUGGUCUAGUGCCUGUCAUGGCAGAGAACUAUGAUAGUACUGACUGUAUGAGCCAAGAAAAAGGGUAUUAUGCUGUGGCAGUGGUGAAGGCAUCGGACCGUGACAUCACCUGGAACAAUCUGAAAGGCAAGAAGUCCUGCCACACCGCAGUAGACAGAACCGCUGGCUGGAACAUCCCCAUGGGCCUGCUGUACAGCAAGAUCAAAAGCUGCAAGUUUGAUGAAUAUUUCAGUCAAGGCUGUGCUCCUGGAUAUGAGAAGAAUUCCACUCUCUGUGACCUGUGUAUUGGCCCAAACAAAUGUGCUCAGAACAGCAAAGAGAAAUAUUUUGGCUACACAGGGGCUUUCAGGUGUCUCGUUGAGAAAGGAGAUGUAGCCUUUGUGAAACACCUGACUGUCAUGCAAAACACUGACGGAAAAAACACUGAUGCAUGGGCUCAGGGUCUGAAGCAGAAAGACUUCGAGCUGCUGUGCCCUGACGGCAGCAGGAAGCCGGUGACUGAGUACAAGAGCUGUUACCUGGCCCAAGCUCCAAACCACGUUGUGGUCUCACGGAAAGAGAAGGCAGCCCGGGUUAGCACAGUGCUGCUUAACCAGCAGACUUCAUUUGGAAGGGGUGUAUCUGACUGCACUACGAACUUCUGUAUGUUCAAAUCUGACACCAGCGACCUUCUGUUCAGAGAUGACACCAAAUGCUUGUUUAAACUUCCUGAUGGUAUCACAUAUGAAAAAUACCUAGGAGAAGAAUAUGUCCAAGCUGUUGGUAACAUAAGGAAAUGCUCGACCUCCCGACUCCUGGAAGCCUGCACUUUCCACAAAAGUUAAAAUCCAAGAGGUGGGCUGCCAGUGUGAUGGAAAUAGAUGCUCACAAGAUCCAUGGGCUUCCCUUGGCCUCCAGGGCCUGAGGGGUUCAGGCCAACUGCGUCCAUCUUCACUGCUGUGUGUUGCCACAUACACAGAGAACAAAAUAAAAGCGACUGUUGACUUUA